CUGAGGUCAGGAGUUCAAGACCAGCCUGGCCAACAUGGUGAAACCCCCGUCUACACUAAAAAUGCAAAAAAUUAGCCAGGCUUGGUGGUGGGCACCUGUAAUCCCAGCUACUCAGGAGGCAGAGGUUGCAGUGAGCUGAGAUCGUGCCAUUGCACUCCAGCCUGGGCCACAAGAGUGAAACUCCAUCUCAAUAAAUAAAUAGAUAAGUAAAAAUAAAAAUAACUUCUCCCUUUCGGAUUCCCGAUGUGGUGGUUGCUGUAAGGGGUCCUCCCUGUGCCACACGGCCGUCGCCAUGGUGAAGCUGAGCAAAGAGGCCAAGCAGAGACUGCAGCAGCUCUUCAACGGGGGCCAGUUUGCCAUCCUUGGGCUUAUCCCUCUUGUGAUUUACCUGGGAUUUAAGAGGGGUGCAGAUCCUGGAAUGUCUGAACCAACUGUUUUGAGCCUACUUUGGGGAUAAAGGAUUAUUUGGUCUUCUGGAUUUGGAGGCAAUCAGUGGACAGCAUGAAAGAUGUGUGCUCUGGCUCGGAUAAGAGAUGGAACAUCAUUCAGUCACUAUUUGGAUGGCACAAGGCUCUUCACAGAUGAACCUGUAGCAGAGUGGAACUUGUACUAACUUAUGAUAGAAUGUAUCAGAAUAAAUGUUUUUAACAAUGUUAAAAAAAUAAAAAUAAAA